UCUGCGAUUGUACAGUGUCCCCUCAAUAAGACUACACCGCUGACACCAUGAAGAUCCUUGCAGUUGCAGUCUGCAUCAGCUUUCUGCCGGUUGUUGUAGAGAGCACGGCAUGUGCGGAUUGCACGACCACAUACGAUGGGGCAAUUAAAGACGCCACCGACGAAGUAAAGUGCACGGCUGCCAAAAAGUACAUCACCUGUCUGGAGACCGACUUGGCCGCCUGUGCUGCAGUUGAUCUGAAGGCAAAGGGUGGCGUUGCUGAUAAAGCUAUCACAGACCUUGGUGAUAAAUGCACUGUAGCCGCAACAAGCACGUGCCAUUGCGAAAGGACCGCUAUAAAAGCCGAUGUCACUGCUGAUAACGCAGCUGUAUGCAGCAAUGCACAAACGGCAAUUACAUGUCUGAGAGGUACAGUGGACGCCGGAUGUAGCGAUUCAAGAACAGUAGCGGCGACUGCUUACGCAGGACAAAUAACCUCCAAAUGUACAGGAGGAGCCACUGCAACCUGUACGUGUGAAAUUACACACACGAAAGCCACCGUGCCUGCCGACACAGACCAGUGCACUGCCGCCAAAGCCUUGGUUACAUGCUUGCAAGAUACGACUGAUGCUGGAUGUUCAGAAUCACGGAAGGAAGUCGGGACAUUCGCUAAGACUAAAACUGAUAAAGGAGCAUGUGCGACUACCGAUGUCUGUGACUGUGAAGUUGGUUAUGGAAUAGCGGACAUAGCAGACGCCACAAAACAGUGCACUGCGAUCAAAGAGAAACUAACUUGUCUUGCCAACAAGGCCAACGAUGGCUGUGAUGGAUCCAGUGCUUGGAUGGUGGGCAUGAACGCUAGAAAGGUUCUUGCUGAUGUUACCAACUGUGAUAAAACCGACACCUGUACAUGCGAAACAGACCACGCUAAGUCAGACCUCAGCACUGACGAGAAGAAGUGCACUGAGACCAAAAAGAAAAUAAAGUGUCUUGGCGGCAAGAACAGUACUGGCUGUGAUGGAUCCAGCAAUCUGAUGGUUGGCGUGGCAUCUAGAAAGUAUCUCGCAGGUGUUACUGGCUGUGAUAAAACCGCCACCUGCACAUGUGAAACCGACUACGCUACCGCAGAUCUCAGCACCAAGGACAAUCAGUGCAGUAAAGCAAACACGGCCAAGGAAUGCUUGCAGAAGAUCACGGCAACAGAGACAGGAUGUGACGGAACUAGUUCUCCUACAGACGUCAUUGCCAACUACGCUCAACCACUGAUCGACGAGUAUUGUGGUGCUGCUGCAUCUCUGACUGGAGUUGGUUUUACUGUUGGUAUCCUUGUCAUGUUGCUGGAGAUCACCAGACGGAUUUAAAACGUCUAAAUGAUAUUUUUUUAAACCAAAGUGUGCUGUGAUAAUAAAUACACAAGUAAAUAAUAAGAACAACUACAAGAGACCUUCGUGACUGAACGCUAAUUACAAUUGUGUGAACAUUUUGUGUGAACCUUUUGUCCGAAUAUCGAGAUACCAACCAAAACCUUUUUUCUCUUUUUUUGUUUGUGUAAAGUUAAUAAACCAAGCACUUUUAUUUUUUUAUUUAAGAACAGCUAUCAGAGACCUUCGUCAUUAAAUUAUAAUUACAAUUGUGUCAACAUUUUGUGUGAACUGUUUUUUGUCCGAAUAUCGAGAUACCAACCAAAACCUUUUUUCAUAUUUUGUAAAGUUAAUAAACCAAGCACUUUUUAUUUUUUACUUGAUAAAAUAUGUUUCUCCUUUCUAGUAACAAAAAGGAUAUUUAUAUUUGCUUUUAAAUUAAGAUUUUAAAAAAAGAUUUCUUUACACAACGUUUUGAUAUAUCAUUUUCGCAUUCGGAGAACAGUUCUUUCUAUAUAAUCGUGUCAUAAGUGUCACUUUGAAAUACCUUUUGUUUUCUUUGUUUACAUUUGUUGUUUGCAUAUGAAUAUUUAUUAGUGUGUUUGUAUCAAUAUUAUGGAUGAACUUUUCAGAUAUCAAGCACCAAUAUAUUUUGGUCCGAUUUUCUUUUCAUUAAAAUAACACCAGCUACUAAAUCAGUUUCAAAAUGCAUAUCAUGUCAUGGAAUAACAUUGUUUAAAGGUAAUUAGCUAAUGAACUUUCUCUAAAUUUUGAAUACAUAGCCUUAAGUGCUAGAUUUACCAUUUGAUAAUACGGCAAAAUAAUUAUUUGUUCAUCUAUAAUAUUGGUAAUAUAAAAUAAAUCCAAAGCUGGUAGUAAUGUCAUUCAUGCUUCAUUUUUGAUUUAACCAAAUUACGAACAUUAUUCUACCUUUCCCGAAAACAUUUUCUAAAACCUAAGUAUAUACAUUUCUUUUGAAUUUCUUUAAAUAAAUUACACACUAGAAAAGUAAAAAAAAUAAAUUUAAAUACAAAAACCCAACAACUAACAACAACCACAUUAAAAAAAUAAUGUUUGGAUUUGCAUCAAUAUUUGAACCUUUCUUAUAGCAUUUUGAUAUAAUAUCUGAUGGAACUGUGAUGUAAUACAAAUAAUGAAACCGUUUAAACGAUUUAUUGUAUGUCCUAUUACAUAUACAAAAUCUAUUGUUUUUAGACAUCUAUUCAGAUAUUGUUAAUAUUUUCAGUCCAAAAUUUAUCAGUCUUUGGAUCAAAAAUGUGGAUGGAUUUAAUGAUAUGUAACUUGUUUCAUUGAAUAAAAAUUC